AUUGGAAAGUAAAAUACACACAGCACUUCAAAAUCGUAGGGCACUGGGUAGGCUUUUAGCACCCCGAUGUGGUUGUGUAUUUGGAGUUUCUCAUCACCACUUGCACGUUACUGUGGCAAAGCCACUAACUACAGUAUCCUAACUGUAGGAUAUCGUCAACAAUAGUUGAAGCCUGUUGCCUCCCGCUGUUGGACAAAACGACAUUUGCAUUGCAUUUUCAUUCGCUCUAGCUACAGUUUCAGUGGACUUGAAGUUUAAAUCCUGAAAUUUUGCUUCGCAAGCUUGCGAGUUUCCUUUUGUGAAUUAAAAUCGAAAGAAAACCCACCUGGCCAUCGUAACUGGUUCAACAAACUGCAGCAGAAGGGGAAUGUGGUUUGUUGACGAUAGCCAACACUUCCGUUGGUUGCUCUCCAAUUGAAAAACAGUGAGAUGAUUUUAAUGAAGUGGUCCAUCAUCCUUCGAGGGGAGACCAACUGCAAAACCAUCAACGUCUGAACAACUAUCGUGACUCCUUUUGAUCUGGUGGUGUCCAGUGGAGAGGAGGCUCCUCAAACCCCCGGAUAUUGAGUGAAGCGAGAGGACUUAAAAGGAGGCACAACAAAAUGGAUGCCGUAGACACCAUCCAGAACUCUGCCUUGGAGACCAAGGCUGAGCGCAUCGCCCGCUACAAAGCCGAGAGGAGGAGAGAGCUGGCGGAGCGCUACGGAAACACAGAGGAAGCCGGCUCUAAAUACACCAGGAGGGACAGGAAAGCUGGUGAGACUUCUGAGAAAGAGAAGCCGGAGGACAAAAGCUCCAAGUCCGAGCAGACGUUAUCUAGCCGGGCCUCCAGGAGUAGGAUGGAAGACCGCGAAGAGUCUGUUGGCAGCGAGUCCUCCCAGGACACCGGGGGGGAUGAAGAGGCCCAACUGGAUACACCUGCCCCCUCAAAGCCUGCUGCCACCAAGAGGCUUAACUCUAAUCACAGCCUUUUGGAAGCUGGGGACGCCGAGGAGCCAAAAGUAACUGACAGGAAGACUGAUGACGAAGCCAAGAUGAACAUGGCUGCCAACAUGUCUUUGAUUAAGGGGCUGGAGAAGACUGAGGAGUCGUCUCCCCUGACAACAGAGGAGAGUGGUCACCAUGCCAACAACGACAGCCGAGCGCGCACCCAGCCAAUCACAAGCAAGGAGAUGGUGGCGGCAGGCAGCCCUCCCAAGGAGGAAGAGUCUAAAGGCUCAGAGAUGCAGGAGGCUACAGACAAGCGCAGGUCGAAGGGGGAGCGCUCCCACACACAACCGGUCACUGAGUUUGAGGUUAAGAUGGUGAGUCUGUUUAAAAAUCUCUCAUCCUCCAGUUCCCCCCUACCCCUCUCCGACCAAACACCAUACCCCAGAAGCAAGGACGAAGAGGACAAGUCCCCUAUACCCUCCCAGCCUGUCUUGCUGCAGUGCCAAGACUCGGGCACCCGCAGCGGCAUCAAGGGCAUCCUCAAAAAGAGUCGUUCCACUAGUGUCGAGUCGGACUACAGUGAGGGAGGAACCCCUGAAAGCACCCCCACCACCGGGGUGGUCCGACAAACCAGCGUUACCCUGAGCCACCCCGAGAGCGACGAGGAAGAUGAGGAGAAAACAGAAGAGGUGGAGGAAGAGGAGGAUGAGGAAGAUGAGACGAUAGUGGACGAUAGCCCUGACGGAGGGCGUUUCAGUACCCCCCAGAUGCAGAGGGGCAGUGGGCGUGGUGCUAGCAGUAGUUCAGCGGAGGACCUCCAGAGCCGGACCCCCUCUCCAGACGAGAGCCUGGGGGAGGAAGAGAUGGAGAAGAUGUCGUCGUUGGACACGGAAGAUGGAGAGGAUCAGGAUGUGGAUAGCAGUCUGGACAGCAGUGUGGGGUCAUCCCUGAAAGAGAGGCUGGCUGAAUUGAGCAGUGGUGAGGAGGAGUGGAAGGCCAAGCUGAAGAAGCCCAAGGAUCUGGUGCAGAAGUCCCUGGCUGACCGUUUCAACCAGCUCCAGGACUCUGGAGAUGCCUGGAAGAAGAAGAAGUCCAGUGCGGACGUGGAGACCAAGAUGUCCCUGGCGGACAGGAUGAAGAUCCUGCAGGAGAAGGAGGAGGCAUGGAAGAGCAGGGGGCGGGGCGCCGCCAACGACUCCACCCAGUUCACCGUGGCCGGGCGCAUGGCCAAGAGAGGUCUUGUGUCCGAGACUAGUAGAGAGGAGUCUCCCAUUUCCCACAUUAAGAAGUCCAGCGCCACGCCAGUCAAGCCACAUGAAGAAAUCUCCACUCCGACUGGCGUCAAGGUGGAAGGGGACAAGAGGCUGGACAAGUUAGAGUCCUUCCUGGACAAGCUCCACAGUAAAGGGCUGGGGCACAGCCGGACUUCCACCAUUGAGGUGACUGCCGAGACGGAGAAGGAGGUCAUGACUCUGGAUGAUGAGGAGACGUUUGGCCGGUUUUACAAGCCUGUGUCGCCCACCACCCGAGGCACUGUCGUUACUGCGCUGACCGAGGAGGAAUUCAGCGACCUUCAAGCUGACACGCCAAAGUUGACGUCGGCAGUGACGGAACACAAGCGUGCUGUGCGUCCUACUCGGAAUAACCAGGGCUCACGCAACCCCCUCCGUGCCCUGGCGGCCCGCAACGACAUCCGCCAGGUCUACACGGAACAGAGACUCAAUAUAGCUACCGUGGAAACCAAGAGGAUCCAAGUGGAGAGGAUGGCCAAGCAUUCCAACCUGGCGGAUGCAGCUCUGGCCGGCCUGGCUAGCAAGGAGAACUUCCGCAAGGUCAACCUGCGCAGCACCAAGUCCACUGAGGUGGUGACCAACAACAGCACUCUGCCCUUCAACAAGCUCAUGCUCAUCCGCAUCAAAGGUCGGAGGCACGUGCAGGUGCGUCUGGUGGAGCCCGCUGCCCAUUCCCUGAACAGCGGCGACUGCUUCCUGCUCAUCACCCCCAAACACUGCUUCAUGUGGAGCGGAGAGUUUGCCAACGUCAUCGAGAAAGCCAAGGCCUCAGAGAUGGCAUCGUUCGUGCAGGCUAAGAGGGACCUUGGUUGUAAGGCCUCCCAGGUGACUGUGCUGGAGGAGGGCAUCAACACUGACAACAAAUGGGCUAAAGAGUUCUGGGACUUACUGGGGGGCAAGACCGACUACAGAGGUGCAGGGGAGCCGGAGGAGGAUGAGCUGUAUGAAAGUGGUGUGUUAGACUCUAAUGGGGUCUACGGGCUGCAGGAGGGCAAACUGGUGCCCCACAAAGAGGCCUGGGCCUCCAUCCCCAGUGUCACCCUGCUCAACUCUAAAGAGGUGUUAGUGUUUGACUUUGGCAGUGAGGUGUACGUGUGGACGGGGAAGGACGUCCCCCUGGGUGACAGAAAGGUGGCUGUCCAAUUAGGGAAGCAGCUGUGGAGCGGUUCUUACGACUACAGCAGCUGCAGGGUCAACCCCCUGGACGCCUGUUCAACCAAUACUGAUGUCCCUGAGCAGGGAGAGGGACGUCCCAGCUGGGCUCUGUUCGGCCGUCUGUCGGAGCACAACGAGACGGCUCUGUUCAGAGAGAAGUUCCUGGACUGGGCCGAGAGGAAAGAGGAGUCUGCCAUGGAUGAGGCCAAGAGCCCUGUCCACUCUACCCUCCGCUCGCCCCUUGAGGCGGCCAAGCCCGACGUCUUAAAACCGUGCGACGCCAAGGCCCUGCUGGACAACGUGGGAGGCCCAGUGCGUAGCCUCCUGGAGGGCGUAGACGUGCAGCGUGGCUACGGGCUGGUCCGAACGGAGGACGGACGCCAGGCGGAGCUCGCCACAGUGGCAGUGGACACCUGGCAUAUCCGGGAGUUUGAGGAGGAGGAGCUGGUGGCGGCGAGCUUGGGCCAGCUGCAUGAAGGAGACACCUACGUGAUCCGCUGGAAGUACUCGGUCACCACUGUGGUGGGUAAACGGCAGAAGCCAGGGGAGCUGAGUAGUGGGGGUCCAGGUCGGGAGCGCAGCGCCUGUUUCUUCUGGCAGGGCCGCCACUCCAGCGUCAGCGGCAAGGGCACCUCCGCACUGAUGACCGUAGAGCUGGGGAACCACAGGGGGGCGCAGGUGUUGGUGACACAAGGCAAGGAGCCUCCAUGUUUCCUGCAAAUCUUCCAGGGAGGCCUGGUCAUCCAAAAGGGCAGCAGGGAAGAUGAUAGCGUCAACAACACAGGCGGCUGGCGUCUGUAUUGCGUGCGUGGGGAAGCCCCCGUGGAGGCUUCCCUGGUGGAGGUGGAGUGUUGCUGUGCCAGCCUGCGUUCCCGUGCCAGCCUGGUUCUGCUGGAGGCCCACCAGGGACAGCUCUACCUGUGGCACGGAUGUAAGUCCCACGCCAGCGCCAGGGAGGUGGGCGCCAGGGCUGUGGAAAUGCUCAAGCAGAGGCAUCCUUCUGAGCUGGGCCUGAACAGUAACAGCAGUCUGAAGGUGGAGGAGGUAGAGGAAGGCACGGAGCCAGUUGGGUUCAGUAAUGCUCUGGGACAGCAGGACAGGAAGGCAUAUGACUGCAUGCUCCAAGAUCCAGGGAAGUACAACUUCACCCCGCGUCUGUUCUGUCUGAGCGCCAGCUCGGGGGUAUUUGAAGGGGAGGAACUGCUGAGCCCGGCCCGUGUGACUGGGGCCGUCAUGGCCAUGCCCUUCCUCCAGGAGAAUCUAUACUCUGUGCCACAGCCAGCCCUCUUCAUGCUAGAUAACCGUAUGGAGGUGUACCUGUGGCAGGGCCGGCAGCCCGACGACGGAGAGUGUACAGGCUCAGCCAAGAUCCGCUGGGAGAACCAGAAGAAGUGUGCCAUGGAGACGGUGCUGCAGUACUGCAAAGAGAAGAACUCUCGCCGCCCCCCUCAGGCCUACCUGGUCCUAGCGGGCUCUGAACCGCUGACCUUUACCAACAUCUUCCCCUACUGGGAGAGAGAUCCCAACAUCACCACCCAGGCGGAGGGGGCACGCAACAAGGUGACCCUGGUGCAGGAUGCCCUGAACUGGCUGAGUAAGAACCAAUACUCUGUGGAGGAGCUGACGGCCAAGCCUCUACCAGAAGGAGUGGACCCCCUUCGCCUGGAGAUCUACCUUUCAGACCAGGACUUCCAGAGUGUCUUGGAGAUGACUCGCACUGAAUUCAACGCCCUGCCAAACUGGAAACAGAAGAACCUGAAGAAAAGCAAGGGCCUUUUUUAAAAAGUUUCCUUUUUUUGUUGUUGUAAACAAACCAAAAAACAAGAGGAUUUUUUUGAUUAAAGUCCAUAUGGGACCUUUUUCAUACUGUUUUGUAUUCUGGGGGAAAUCAUGUUUUUUUUUUUCAUGUAAACCGAAAGAACAAAACACAUGUACAAACUUGUAUCUGUUUUAAAACGAUAACCUCUUUUUACAAAUGCCAAUUUUAUAGACCUUUCCUACAAAGCAAUAUAUUGUAGCCAAAUAUAUACACUAUAUGCAAGUGUUACCUUUUGGCAGCGAGGUUAUUGUUCAUUAUAGUGAACUAUAUAUAUGCCCCUGAAUUAUAAAUAUGUAUUAUAAAUGUCUGUUCUUACAUGUG